AUGGCAACAAAAAUCCUCUAUUUCACCGUGAGCGGGAAACCGGAGCAGGCUGAGUUCCCGGUGGAUUGUCCUGCCCAGGAUGUCAAAGAUCUCUUCCGCUCUGCAGCUGAGGCCGGACCUCACGACAUCCUGAAGCUUUACAACCCUAAAGGAAACAUCAUCAACAUCUCCCCGGGUCUGGAGCCCAACAGCCCGAGCUGCUGCUACAAGCUGGAGGUGGUGGCCCUACACAUGCAUACCUGAUGUUUGAAGACCUCACUGAUGAUGUGUGACUUCAGACUGCAGGGCCUGGAGAAGAAGAUCCUGACGGAGGCUGGAGAGACGCCUGCAGUCGUGAACGAGAUGAUGAAACAGGUGGAUUCAUUCCGGGAGAAACUGGAGAGUGUGGAGCAUCUGAGUUGGCUUGGAUUGUUUAAAGACCUGUCGGAAGGAAACCACAAGCCCUCCCCCUUCUACCACAAGAGAACCCUCCGCAAAACCAGGGAGGAGUGUGAGCAUGUGCGGGUAAAGUUUCUUCAAAUGAGCUCUCUGGAGGUAUCAGAAGAAGUGAGGCAGUAUUUAAAGACCCCAACCUUUGACAACUGGCAGUGGGAGGACGCAGAGAUCAUGGUGCUGCUGCAGGUCAUGUACACAGAUUUAGAUUUCAUAGCCACGUUCAACAUCGAGCCUGAGGUGCUGCAGCAGUUUCUGUUCGAGGUUUACCGAAGAUACAACAACAUCCCGUUCCACAACUUCAAGCACUGCUUCUGUGUCACCCAGAUGAUGUAUGGUCUGAUCUGGCUGACGGACCUGAGGAGUAAGCUGGAUGCCAUCGACCUGCUGAUCAUGCUGACCUCUGCAGUGUGCCACGACCUUGACCACACAGGAUACAACAAUGCCUAUCAGAUAAACGCUCGGACUGAACUGGCUCUUCGCUACAACGACAUCUCUCCACUCGAGAACCAUCACUGUGCUGUAGCUUUUGAGAUCCUGGAGAAGACAGAGAACAACAUCUUCAGAAAUCUGCCCAUGGAUAAAUACAAGCAGACAAGAGAGGGAAUCAUCAAAUGCAUCCUGGCCACUGACAUGACGAGCCACAACGACAUCCUCAGCAAGUUCAAGGCCAUCCUGCCCACUUUCCACUUCACCAACAAGGACCACAAAGAUGUGCUCAUGAUGAUCCUGAUCAAAGUCAGUGACAUAUCCAACGAGGCCCGGCCCAUGGAGGUGGCUGAGCCCUGGUUGGAUUGUCUUCUGCAGGAAUUCUACAACCAGAGUGACGUGGAGAAGCUGGAGGGUCUUCCAGUCACUCCCUUCAUGGAUCGGGACAAAGUAACAAAACCUUCAUCUCAAACCGGCUUCAUCCGAUUUGUUCUCCUGCCGCUCUUCAUCGAACUGGCCAACCUCUUCCCCUGCCUGGAGCACCACAUAAUAGACCCCGUCCGGAAGGCUCUGGACUACUACACCGAGAUGGAGAAAGCUCUGGAGAGGGAGAAACUGAACCGGGCUCAGAGUGAGAACGCAGCCAAGAGCAAGGAGCCAGCACCGAGCACAGCAGGGGGCCACGUGGAGGCCGGAGCCGAAGCCUCCAGAGCACACACACCAAAGACUGUGGUGGGCGACGCCUGA